AUGGAGAAGAUUACGGAUAAGAUCAACGCGCUGCCUGAUGGCGCCAACUACUUCUCCCUCGAGUUCUUCCCGCCCAAGACGGCAAUGGGUUUUGCCAACCUUCAGACUCGACUGGAGCGCAUGUCACAGGCCCUUCGUCCUCUCUUUGUUACUGUCACUUGGGGCGCUGGCGGGUCCACAGCCACGAAGUCGCUUGAACUGGCCGAGAUCUGCCAGCGCCAAUUGGGCCUCACAACAUGUCUCCAUUUGACGUGCACAAAUAUGAACCGCCAGCUCAUCGAUGAGGCGCUGGAGCAGGCACAAGUGUUAGGUAUAAGGAACAUCCUGGCCCUGAGGGGUGACGCACCGCGUAGUGAAGAGUACAGAGAUGAAGAUACACCGCCUGAGCAGGACUCGAACAAGGACUUUACAUGGGCCGUCGAUCUCGUCAGGUACAUUCGGAAGCAAUAUGGCGACUACUUUUGCAUUGGCGUUGCUGCGUACCCCGAAGGCCAUUCAGACCAGAGCCACCCUGAGCACCAAGAUCCAGUGGCGGAUCUACCGUACCUCGUUGAGAAGACCAAGGCAGGCGCAGACUUUAUCAUGACCCAGCUAUUCUAUGAUGUUGAAGCUUACGACAAGUAUGAGAAGAUGCUAAGGGAGCAUGAGAGUGGAGUGUUCAAGACAAUACCGAUAAUUCCAGGGUUGAUGCCAAUCCAAUCGUAUAAAAUCUUGCUUCGAACAACCAAACUUUCGCAUGCGAAGCUACCCACAGACAUAAUCGCACGUUUGGACGCGGUGAAGAGCGACGAUGAGUUGGUCAAGCAGGUCGGUGUUCAGAUCAUGGACGAGAUAGUGGAGCACAUCAAGGUGCGGCCAGACACAUGCAGGAGGGGUUUCCAUUUCUACACACUCAAUUUGGAGAAGGCUGUGUCGCAUAUACUGGAAGAUACAAAACUCAUUCCCAGCACAUUGAUUGAUGACGAUGAAGUCAUUGUCGAGACAACACCCGCCAUCAACUUGGAGCCGCCACCCAACGGCAUGAUGCCCCACCGACGUCGAUCAUCAGCUGUCAACUCCGGUCCGCGCAACAGGGUGAUAGUGUCACAUGUUUCCGCUGCUCGGUCGAGUAAUCCUUCGUAUGAAGCAACUGAAGAGGAGGCUGGAAUCCCGCGAGGACCAAUCAACACCCGCGCAAACACCCUGGCAAUCUCGGAAGGUGAAGGUUCUUUGGGUCGUGAAGCAACAUGGGAUGAUUUCCCUAACGGUCGAUGGGGUGAUGCACGCUCGCCUGCAUUUGGUGAGAUUGAUGGUUAUGGUCCAACACUGCAUGUCUCUACUCCACAAGCGCUUAAGCUCUGGGGACACCCCGUUGAGAAGAACGAUAUCUCUACACUGUUCCGCCGCCACAUCGAAGGAGAUCUCGAAGCUAUACCGUGGAGCGAACAGGGUCUAUCACCAGAAACUCUAACUAUCAGCAAGCAACUGCUCGCUCUUAACGCCAAGGGCUGGUGGACUGUCGCCUCACAGCCCGCCGUUAACGGCAUCAAGUCCACUGAUCCGGUCUUCGGCUGGGGUCCCAAGAACGGCUACGUCUUCCAAAAACCCUUUGUCGAAUUCUUCAUCCCCGCAUCGGAAUUCGCCACCCUGCAACCAAAACUUGAUGCUCAUGACCAAAUUACAUAUUUCGCCGGCAACGCCGCAGGCGACUUUGAAGCCAGCCAGGAAGACGGCGUAAACCCCGUUACCUGGGGCACGUUUGCGGGCAAGGAAAUCGUUACCCCGACAAUCAUCGAGGCUGUGAGUUUUAGGAGCUGGCUCGAUGAAGCGUUUAGUAUCUGGCGCGAGUGGCAAAGGAUUUAUCCCCCAAGAAGUGCGCCAAGUACGCUGCUGGGUGAGUUGAGGCGCGAUUACUGGCUUGUCAAUGUCAUUUGGGGUGAUUUUGUCAAUGGUGAGGGACUUUGGGAGUUUUUGCUGGAGUAA